AUGAAGGCAUCUUUGAUCACUGCAUUCGUCCUCCCUCUCCUCGCCCUUGCGAGCCCCUAUCUCCCAACAGACCCCCCGGCCAACAUUGAAGUCACCGCACGACACCCAGGCCGAGAGAAUGUCGACAAGCUGCCCAUGCAGGCUGCCGGCCGGGCCUUCUGGCUAGGUGGCUCUCCAGCAACUUACUGCCCAGAAAUCGUCGGUGACAACUGCCCACCAGGAAACGCUACCGUCAUCCUUGGACUGAACAGCAUGAGCGUGCUUGUCCCCGGUGGCCAGCAGAUGUACGUCGAGCCCAGCGGAAAGCUCGGCUUCACCCAGGCACACUCCGCGGCCAUUCCACCAGGAUCAUACGUCGGCGGCUUUGCCUACAAGCCUCUCAACAAGAAAUCCGGCAGCUUCUACUUCGGCGGCUGGGGUGCCACUGCGCUGAUGGCUUGCCCCGUCCCAGACUCGAAGUACUACCAGGUUUUCGCCAACAUCAAGAACGCCAUGGUCCCUGGUGGAGACGUUAAGAAGUGUGUCGAGUUCGUUGGAGUUGCAAAGGAGUAUAAGGGUACCACUCCCGCUGCCUGGCAGUAUACCUAA